UGAAGCGUGUUUAAAUAAAUACUCUCAAAAUUUCUUCUCUCUCACUUACAUUAGCUCUCUCUCUCUCUCUCUCUCUCUCUCUCUCUCUCUCUCUCUCUCUCUCUCUCUCUCUCUCUCUCUCUCUCUCUCUCUCUCUCUCAUUUCGGUUCUUAUUUUUCCAAAUUUAUAGGACUACCCCUAAAAAAAGAAAGAACCACUAAAAACUCCACCGUAGAUUAUAAUUUUACCCCCAAAAUAAGAAAUUCUUUCAUUCAAAACCCCAUUGAAUUCCACCAAAAAUUAAAGCUCGGCCCUCGGAGUUCGGCGGCUUCGGGUGGCUUCUGCUUAAUCAACGCCGGAGCGAGCUUAUGCCCUUGUUCUAAGCUCGGCCGUAGCGUAUCCCGGCUCAUCAUUUCCAUGGAGCCUGAGCUUUUCAUUUUUGAUUUCUCGGGAAAAAGUUCUUGGAUUUGAAUUGGGCUUUUUUUAUUAUUAUUUCAGAUUCUGGGUUUUGCUUUGAUUUGAGAUUCUGGUUCUAAAAUUUUGUUGGCAAAAAUUUUUAGAACCUCAUCCUUUUUGGUAUAUUCCUCAAGAGAUUUUUGAAAUAAUCAGGGAGCUUUAAUUCUUUUCCCGGCUGGGCUCCAAUGCGAAAAGGAUUUAACUACCAAAAAAUUACCAAUCAACCCAGAUCAGAAACCAAGAUUUUCCGAGAAAAUCCUAUAAUAUUUUCUUUUUGAUCAAACAGUACUACAGAUACCAAAGUCCGACCCAUGUCGAAUCAGAUCAUGCUACACAACAACUCAUCAAACCGAAGGCAACCCUUGUUAAGAACCCAAAACUCCUCAUCAAGAAACACCCGGCUGGCCGAGGUCGCCGGCGGCACGGCAGCCGAAUGCGCCGCCGUUUGCUGCUGCUGCCCAUGUGGGCUCAUGAACCUUCUAUUCCUCGCCAUCUACAAGCUUCCCGCCGGGCUUUGCCGCCGAGCCAUGAGGAGGAAGCGCCGCCGUCAGUUGAUCAAGAAGGGUCUGUUGCCUCCUCCGACAAGGCGGCGGCGCUGCUCGUGUGGGUUUGAUGAGACCGAGCUUCAAAUUCAUCCGAUGGCAUCAACCGAUCAAGACGAUAUCUUUUCUCCGGAGUGUAAGGGUCACCAAGUGACGUCGUUUUACUCGACUGAGGAAUCAGAUAAAGAGGUAGAGGAGCUUGAGAAGGAGAUGUGGGAAAGGUUUUACAGUACUGGGUUUUGGAGAAGCCCUUCUCAACGAGAACCUUCUUCUUUGCCAACAACCACAACUUCAUAACUGUAAAAAUAGUAAAAUAUCUCAAGUCUUGUUUUUACACCUCAAGAAAAAAAAAAAAAAGUUUCUUCAUCUUUUACUAAAUCAUUAUUGUGAUUUUGUGAUUUUUUUUUUAAUUUAUUUUAAAUUACGUGAUGAGGGUGUGUAUGGAUUCGUUGGAUUGUGUAGGGUUUGUUUUUGUUAUUAUUUUUAUUAUUAUUAUUUUAAUUAAGAUGUGAGUAUGUGCUGGCUGGUGAUGUAUGUAUAUAUAUAUGUAUGAAAUGAAUGGGCAACAUUUUCUUUAAAGAAAGAUAAAAGGUUC